AAAUAAUAACGGUUCGGUUGUUAUGUUUGGUCGUGUGGCAUCAUAUCGCUUUGUCGAUUCACCAACCGAUGGCCGUUAUAAUUUGGCCUUGUCACAGUCACAAUUGGAUUCAGCGUGCCUCUAUGAAAGUCGUUCACCAACUUCACCCGGUUCAUGGAAUGAUGAGGAUGGAGCCCUAAGUUCGACCCACAAGAGUGAAUACGAUCCCCAUAACAGUAAUCCAGCGGAUCAAACGGAAAUUGAUGGUAAAUUACGUUCAAAUGGUUCUGAACAUAAUAAUCAUACCAAUACAACAUUAGGUGGAAAUUUUCAAAGUAGUAGUGGUGGCACCGCAGGUGGAGGAGGCAAUACAGCCGAUACACAAAGUUUAGAAGGUAAUCUAGAGAAUGAGACGAAAUCAAUAUCCAGUUUAAAAUCAGGAGGCUCAAAUAGUCAAGAAAGAUCUCCUAAAAUGCCUUCAUCUUCAAUCUCAGCUGCUGCCCAUAUCGAACCACAAGGUCAGGAACCAAUUCUGCCUGCAGUUUUAGAAUUUCCUGAAACACAUCAGGAAUUAUUUCUAAGACAUAUUAUAAGUGAAUUGGAUGUAAAUGCUCCACAUUUUAAAUUAGCUCCUGUAUAUUCAUUAUAUUUAUGUGCCAGAUAUCGUGCUUCAACACACUACCGUCCAGAGCUCCAGCCGACAGAGCGAGCUCACAAACUAACCAUAUUCUUACAUCAUGUUGCUAAUCUUAUUUACAACGUUGUCCAAGAACAAUAUGCCGAUCCACGUAUCCUAGCCUUUUGGAUGGCAAAUUCUUCGGAAUUUUUACAUUUCUUAAAAUCAGAUCGUCACAUUAGUGCAUUUUCGGUGCAGGCACAAGAAGUGCUAGCGGAAAGUGUACAGACUGCCUUUCGUAAUUUAGUUAACUGUUUUAGAGUUGAGCUGUCGCAAACGUUGAAUCAAUUUCUAUCGGAAACUAUAGAUCAUGAUUCGGCCGCUGGUCUUGUGUUGACUGUUUUGGGUUCGGCUAUGGCAUUGUUGAGAAGAUGUCGUGUCAAUGCUGCCUUAACCAUACAAUUAUUUUCGCAAUUAUUUCAUUAUAUUAAUGUUAUAUGUUUUAAUACGAUUGUGGCCAACUCCCACAUGUGCACCGCCGAAUGGGGUAAAGUUAUGACCGAACGUUUACAGCUCCUAGAAUUGUGGGCCGAACGUCAAGGCUUAGAAUUAGCAGCGGAUUGCCAUCUGGCUAAAAUUAAUCAAUGUGCCCAAUUUCUACAGGCACCCAAAACAUCAGUGGAGGAAAUCCAACAGCUAGCUUGCUCUUGUUUCCGUUUGAACUCUUUGCAAAUGGCCGCUUUACUACAACAAGAGAAGAUACCGCGUAAUCUAGUGGACACCGCCAUACGUAUGGCUGAAUCGGUAGCCGACGAACUAACACGAGCCGAUGGACGUGAAGUACGCUUAGAAGAAUCACCGGAAUUACACUUGGCCCUAUUAUUACCCGAUGACGGCUUCAGUUGUGAUGUCGUGCGUGGUAUACCCUCGGGUUUAGUUGAUUUCAUUAAUCCCUUACAGCAACAGGGUAUGUGCCGUUUGGCUGCCCAACCCACCUCGAUUGGUCUAUGGACGGUAUAUAUGCAUCAAUUUAAUGCCCGUUCUUCAAGUGCUAUGUCCAAUAAACUCCCCCAACCUGAAGUACAAGUUAUUAAAUUGCAUAAAAAUUCCAAUGGCAUGGGUUUGUCGAUAGUGGCAGCUAAAGGUGCUGGCCAAGAACGUUUGGGUAUUUAUAUAAAAAGUGUAGUGCCUGGGGGUGCAGCCGAUGCAGAUGGCCGCUUACAGGCCGGCGAUCAGCUAUUGCGUGUUGAUGGUCAAAGCUUAAUAGGCAUAACACAAGAAAGAGCUGCCGAUUACUUGGUACGCACAGGACCUGUUGUUACCUUGGAAGUAGCUAAGCAAGGUGCAAUCUACCAUGGUCUGGCAACUUUAUUACAACAACCCAGUCCUGUUAUACAACGUGGUAAUCGUCGCAUGUCUGAACGUGAUCUAACACGUAUGGGAACUGAUAGUAAUAAAAGUAUGAGUGGUGGUCCUAUAUUAACAAAUAAUCAUUUACCCAAUAGUAAAUCCGUACCAGCACUACAUCAUCAUACAGGCAGUGGUACUAUUUCCAUGGCCAAUUCAAAAUCACGGAGUACUCACAGUUUGGCCAAUACGAAUCCUAAUCUAAAUAGCAAUAAUAACAACAAUAACAACGAACAGGGUUUCUAUCAAAAUUUAAGUGUCUAUCGUAAUCAAAAUCAAUCACAACCUAUUUUAAGCGAAAGACCACCCAUGCCAUCACAUUCCGCAAUGAACGCAUACAAUGGAAAUUCCCAACAAAAUUUACAAAAUCCAAUACUCUCGCCAAUAAAUGGUACAAACCAAGCAACAAACCUAAACCAGCAACAGCAGACAACUUACCAACAGCAGCAGCAACAACAACAACAACAUCCCCAACAUUCAUUAAUGACAGCACCACAUACAUCUAAUAUGCCACCAAGUCGUCCACAAUCGGCCUACUAUCAGCAUCAAGCUACACCGGCCACAAGCACUACACAACAUCAACAUUUAAAUCCACAACAACAGCAAUUUCCCCAACAUGGUCACGCUUUCAGUGCCAGCACAACUAAUUUAAGUGGUAUGCAACAGCAACAACUGCAGCAACAGUUGCAACACAUGACACCGCAGCAGCAACAACAGUAUCAGCAGCAACAACAAAGUUUAACUUUGGGCAAUCGUUCGAAGAGUACACAAAAUUUCCAGCGUGACAUGCAGACACAACAAAGUUUGCGCAUUCAGCAAAUGAUGGCUCCCUCAAUGCCCAAUAUUAGCAACAUGUAUCAACAACAGCAGCAGCAACAACAACAGCAACAUAAUACUUCUCUACAGCAACAUAAUAUGUCAAUGCCCUCUAGCAUAGCAGCCAGUCAAAGUAUGCAAAAUGUUUCCUCCAUGGCUGAUGACAGCCGGUAUUCACAAUCGGCUAAUAAUUCUUUAAUGGAAACAAAUGGCGGCUAUCAACAACAACAAUCGCCGGCUGGGGGACAAACUCUUAGAAGAAAUAUGCGUGCUGAAUAUAUACAACAACAAGCUGCUGGUGGUCAGGGUGGUAUGGAAAGUGCUCAACAUUCUCCUAAUUUUAUGCAAGAACAACAGCGCGGUAAUUUUAUGACACUGCCACCUAAACCUGGCAUGCAACAACAGCAAUUAACACCGCCUAAGCAGCAACAACAAUUACCACCUACCGCCCCCAAACCUUUGCAACAAAAUAGAUUAUCUCUACAGCAACAGCAACAACAGGCAUAUAACAAUGCCAAUUUAUACCAGCAGCAACAACAACAGCAGCCCACUCAACAACCGGGUGAGGAUAAACCUCCUCUACCACCCACCACCACUCACCCAUUAUACAAGGCCACACAACAAAUAACACCCGGUAUGAAUUAUGUGGCCAGUACCAUAGAUCCUCCUAAGGGAGGUUACAUGCCCGUUUCGGCAGCUGCUUUACAACAACACAAAAACAUACAUGGCGGUAAUCCUUGGGAAAGAGAAGAACGCGAAAAAGACUUGGAAAUGCGCAGAGAACACAUACGCCAGUGGCGUGAACAACAAAUCAAUGAACUCUCUUUUGCCACAAGAACUCCACAGCAGGAGGAACAAUUAAAAACUCUUAUACUAGAAAGAGAUUUUGAAAGAAGAGCCCAAGAAAUGGAAGAGCAAGAAGAUGAAAGCGAACCUUCCUAUGAGAAGGAAAAUGUCCAGGAAGUUUUCCGUUUAAAUCAACAACAAAAUGUCAUACAAACUCCGGUAACCAAUUUUAGACAAACUGAAAUUAAACUGGCCUCGGUAAUGGACAAUCACCGUCCUAGCAAUAGUAACAAUUCCAACGAAACAUCACCUUUAAAUUCAAAUAGAAAUUCAGCCGCCGAAGCAAUACCACCUCCGGUACCCACACAACCCCCACCACCUACUACUACCACCACCAUAGUAACCACUAAUAGCAAUACCUCUACCAUACAACCUAAAUCCAUAUUGAAAAAUAAUCGUUAUGAUGGUUCCAAUACCGCCCCUUCAUCACCCUCUAAAUCUCAGAAAUCCACUUCAUUUGCCGAUGACAAACAUUUGCAAACAGAACAUCCUAUUUCAUCGCUAGCUCGCGAUAUCAAUCAUCUCUCUCUAAGCAAUACCAAUACCUCCAACAACAACAACGCCUACGACAACAAUAUGAAUUCGGAAAAUUCUCCUAAUUCAGCGACAGUGCCACCACCUCCACCACCAGAACGCAAUAGUUCUUAUUUGAUUAUGUCUCAACAAAAGUUACGUAAUUCUUCCAUUGGUCUUCUCAAGACUGCCACUAUCAAUUCGGCCGAUCUACAAAAGAAAACCUCGGCCUCAAGUAUUCUUUUAAACAAUAACAAUAAUAACAUACAAAAUAAUUUAUUAAAUAUGAAUUCCGCGAAUGCUUCACUACAAUCAUCACCCUCUUCCUCUACCAUGGAUAUGUAUAAUGUAGCAGGUGCAUCAGUAACGACUGCUACACACAGUAAUAGUGCCAGUCCUUCAUCAUCGAUGAUGUUGUUGCGUGAUAAUAAACGUGUCUCAUUCCACGAUGAGGAAAAUAAUUAUGUUGCUAGUGCCUUUAAUAAUAUGGAAUAUAAUGUAACGAUGGAACAGCAUAUGGCACCGAGCGAUUUGAAUACCAUUAGAGAGGAUACAAAUUUCCUUCCUCAAAACAUAGAUGCAUCGAUGUGGCCUUCCAUGCCUUCUACACCUGAUGCUGCUGCCUGGAAUAACACAGUACAAUCAACGCCUGGUGUAAUAGGAGCUCAGGAAGUUUACAGAGAUCCUCGUACAAGACGCUUGGCGGAAAAACAACAACAGCAACAACAACGCAGCACCGAAGCGGUACCGGAAAAAUUAUCCUUUAAAGAGAAAAUGAAAAUGUUUGCCUUAGAAUCGGGCGAAGAUAAUACUCCUAAAGAUAAACUAAAAAUAUCCAGGGCACAAAGAGACAUUGAUGCAGUGCAUUAAAUAGAAAAACACAACAUUUAACACAUUUUACACUUAAUUUAACACAAAAAAAA